GGCGAGCAGAUGACUGGCCCGCAGCGCCGGGCGGGGCUAUUUAAGACGCAGCCUCCAGCUCGCCGCCCUGAACUUGGCUCGGCUCCCCGCCGCUCCGGUCCAACUGCGAAGCCAGCGGCGUCCUACUCCGAAGCCAUGAACAGCGGCGUGUGCCUGUGCGUGCUGAUGGCGGCCCUGGCGGCGGGCGCCCUGGCGCAGCCCGUGGCCCCGCCGGACUCGGAGGGCCCCGGGGCACAGCGGGACGAGGAGGCGACCCGGAGGCAGCUGAGGGCAGUGCAGAGGCUUGACGGCGAGCCCCGAGCGCACCUGGGCGCGCUGCUGGCCAGAUACAUCCAGCCGUCCCGGAAAGCAGCUCCUUCUGGCCGAAUGUCCCUGAUCAAGAGCUCGCAGAGCCGGGACCCCAGAUACAACACAGGUGACCGGGACUACAUGGGCUGGAUGGACUUCGGCCGGCGCAGCGUCGAGGAGUAUGAGUAGCCCUCCUAGCGCCCCGGCCCCGCAUCAGGGCCCCAGGAAGCGCCCUCCUGACUCCCAGGGGGCAGAAAAACAACACAAUCACACUCACAACUGUUGUCUCUGAAGUCGGGCAUUUUCAGCGUCUAUUUAUUAAGGUUCUCAAUGUGAAAAGUCUGGAGGUUGUCUGGCGCAGCCACGCACCUCAGCAGAAUCGUACGAAUGGAAGACACACAUUCCCCUCCCCCGUGAUCCCUGGUCCCAAAGUGUUGCUGUGCUAUUAAAGUGAUUUCAUCCCGCA